AACUAUCUUUUGUCCCUUCUCUCCCUUUACUCAACCAUGAAGAAGACAUCUUUUCUUUUGCAGUUCUCUACUGUCCUAUCACUUCUUCUCCUUUCCUUCCAAAGUUAUCCAGUAACUGCCCUAUCUUCUACGAAUGAAACUGAUAAGCUUGCUUUGUUGGCCAUCAAAGGUCGAAUUACUCAAGAUAUCCAUGGAAUAAUGAAUUCAUGGAAUGAAUCUCUCCAUUUCUGUGGUUGGAUGGGAGUUACAUGCAGUCGUCGACACAAAGGAAGAGUAACUCUCUUGAGUUUAGAGAAGCAUGGCUUGAUUGGUUCCAUCCCUCCCCAAAUAGGGAACCUCUCCUUUCUAAGGGGAAUCAACCUUGCACAGAAUUUCCUUCAUGGCCAGAUUCCUCAAGAACUUGGUCGUUUAUCUCGGCUGAGAUUUCUUAAUCUAAGCAACAAUGUUUUACAAGGGGAAAUUCUAGGCAAUCUGAGCUUUUUUUCUAACCUUGAAGUUUUGAACGUUUCUUACAAUAUGCUUGUAGGCAAAAUCCCAAAUAGCCUAGAAACCUUGGGGAUGAAGAGGCUUAAUACUCUGCUUCUUGGAUCUAAUAAGCUGACAGGAACUAUCCCAAAAUGGCUAGGAAGAGCUUCUUCACUUGUUCAAUUGUCAUUAACAAGUAACAGACUACAUGGAAGCAUUCUUGGUGAGCUCGGAAAACUCCUAAAUCUUUCAAUUUUAAGAGUUAGUGCAAACAAUUUAUUUGGUGUUGUUCCUCUUGCUAUUUACAAUCUAUCUUCACUCAUUAUUCUUAGCUUAGCGGUCAACCAAUUACAUGGGCAAAUACCCAAUGAUAUUGGCUUAACACUUCCAAAUCUUCAAGUCUUUUUUUGUAGAACUAACUACUUUAUUGGGUGGCUUCCGGUUUCUUUAUCUAAUGCUUCACAACUGAAAAAGAUUGGAUUCGAAUCCAACAAUUUCAGCGGACUUGUGCCUCCAAAUCUAGGAAGAUUGAGCGCUCUGGAGGUGUUGGCUCUUGGUGAAAAUCAACUAGAAAAUAUUGAGGGCGACGACUUCAAUUUCCUAGCUUCUUUGACUAAUUGCAGCAAACUCUUCGCACUGGAUUUAGGUGUAAAUCGUUUUAAAGGUCAUUGGCCUACUUCAAUUGUUAAUCUCUCAAGCAAGCUUAAAUAUCUGUCUAUAGAGGACAAUCAAAUUUCUGGUAGAGUACCAGAUGGGAUUGGUAACUUGAUUGGCCUUGCAGGGUUGGCUCUCCAACAGAACUUUCUCACUGGUGAAAUUCCAAACAGUAUUGGCAGACUAGAAAAGUUGAAUGAACUUUGGUCAUCUGAUAACCAAUUUUCAGAGUUAAGUCAGGCAACUAAUAACUUCUCAUCGGCUAACUUGAUUGGCGAAGGAAGUUUUGGCUCUGUUUAUAAAGGAAUCAUGGGUGAACAUGGAAUGUUAGUUGCAGUGAAAGUGUUGAACCUUAAGCAAAAAGGAGCAUCCAAGAGUUUUGUGGCCGAGUGUGAAGCUAUGAGAAACAUUCAUCAUCAAAAUCUGAUCAAAGUUUUGACUGUCUGUUCUAGCAUAGACUUUAAAGGGGUCGAUUUCAAGGCCAUAGUGUAUGAGUUCAUGCAAAAUGGAAACCUAGAUGAGUGGUUGCAUUCAACUGAAGUCCAAGUGGGAGUUAGAAAUUUCAAUUUCAUCAAGAGAUUAAACGUAGUGAUUGAAGUUGCACAUGCAAUUGAGUAUUUGCAUUACCAUUGCCAACCAGCAAUUGUUCAUGGUGAUCUUAAGCCAAGCAAUAUUCUACUUGAUCAUGAAAUGGUUGCUCAUGUGGGUGAUUUUGGACUGACAAGAUUCCUUAUUUCCUCAAAGAAAACAAGCUCACUUGGUACAAUAAGGACCAUUGGCUAUGUUGCUCCAGAAUAUGGAACCGGCGGAAAGGCAUCUAUGGCAGGUGAUGUGUUUAGCUUUGGAAUUCUCUUGUUGGAGAUGAUUACAGGGAAGCGACCAACUGAUGCAAUAUUCAAAGAUGGCCUAAACCUUCACCAAUUUGCCAAACUAGCAUUGUCAGAACGUGUGAUGGACAUUGUUGAUCCUUCGUUGCUGCAGGAACUUCGAAGUACAGAUGAAAACAUUGGGGAUGCUCGAAGAAACAAAAGAGAAAGAAGAGUCAGUAUCAAGGAGAUCCUCAUUACCUUUGCAAGAAUAGGGGUUCUCUACUCAAUGGAUUCUUCGAAUGAUCGAAUGGAGAUGAAAGAUGUGGUUGUAGAGUUAUGUAUUAUUAGAGAUAAAUUUCUUGGUAAUCGUUCAUAGCAUCUGAUGAAGGAAUCCAAGCAAGCACUCUUUUUUGAAAAAACUUCGUUUACCUCA